AUGGGUUGGACUUUCGGUUCCCUGGUGGUCUCGCUCCUCCUGAGCACCACAGCCCUCGCGGCCGAUGUGCCUGCCGUGGCUUUGGGUGAGAAGAAGCCCUUCUCACCCCCAAGUCGACGAUUCGCGGUUCAGUUCUCGUCAUCCGGUUCCGCGAAGUUUAGGAAGCGGGACGGGACUCCUGACACCGAGGGCUUCUUCGAGAGUCUCCAACUCACCAAUAACACCGCCAAACCCGCCCUGAAUUUCACCUCGGAGAUCUUCCACGGCGCCUCAUUCGAACUGCUCAACCACACUGCCACGUCCCUCCAGCAGAUUGAGGAGCUCCCUGAGGUCGAGAAACUAUGGCCCGUCUCCGCCGUCUACGCACUGAAGCCUAACGCAUCGGACAUCAUGUCCGAGCCCGAGGCCAAAUGGGACCCUCACGUGCUGACCGGAGUCGACAAGGUCCACAAGCUGGGCCACUCCGGCGAGGGUGUCGUCGUAGCCAUCAUCGACACGGGCAUCGACUACAACCACCCCAACCUCGGCGGCGGCUUCGGUGCCGGAUUCAAGGUCGAGGGCGGGUACGACCUGGUCGGUGACGACUAUGAGAUCGGUGGAGAGUACAUGCCUGAUGACGACCCGAUGGACUGCGCUGGUCAUGGCACUCACGUCGCUGGUAUCGUGGCGAGCUCGCAUGAAGAUCUGCCCGGAGUCGCGCCGGAUGCCAGACUGAGGAUCUACAAGGUUUUCGGAUGCGGUGGAAGCAGUAUGGAGGAUGUUAUUGCCCAGGGCUUCAUCAAGGCUCACGAGGAUGGCGCUGAUAUUAUCUCUGCUUCUCUGGGCUCGAACGACGGGUUUCCUGAAAACAUUCUUGCGGUCGUGGCGUCGAACAUUCAGGCCAAGGGGACGUUUGUCACAGUCGCUGCCGGCAACAGUGGCGAGAUGGGUCCUUUCUACACAAGUAGCGCCGCCAAUGGCUUCGGUGUCACUGCCGUCGGCAGUGUUGAGCACACUCAGACUGCUGCAUUCAAGGUCACCGCUCGCUCCAGUGGCAACGAGACCCGUGAGAUUCUUUACGUCAGCUCCGACACCGCUCAAUGGUCCCGCAACGGAAGCUUCCCUGCCCACUUCCUUGAUCAAAACUACACUGGUCUUGACUCCUGCGACGUUUGGGAGUUCCCGGAUGUUUCUUCUGACAGCGUCCUCAUUCUUCCCCGAAGCACUUGUAUCUGCGAGUGCUGGCAGGUCCUCGACUCCAACCUCUUCGGCACGAGCGUCAAGUGGGUGUUCUACUACAACUUCGAGAAUGCCCCGUGGGAAAUCCCCAACCGCGGGGUCUACAAUCCCGAAGAGCAACCCCUUGGGUUCGGCCUCAUCAGCUACGAAGAUGGACAGUGGCUCGUCAAGCAGCAGGAACUCGGCCGCAAGGUCGAUCUUGAGUUUGUCGCCAAUGGAGGCCAGGCCGUCGGUAUUCCCGGAGUGAACUCCGAGUCCAUCGCCGGUGCUAUUGACUUCUUCUCUUCGUGGGGUUUGACGGUAGAUGGACGUUUGAAACCUGAGAUCUCUGCGCCAGGUGGAUCUAUCCUGUCUACUUACCUCACCUCCGAAGGUGGAUGGGCUGUUCUCUCUGGAACGAGCAUGGCGACCCCCUACAUCGCCGGUGUCGCAGCUCUGUACUUCUCCGCCAACGGUGGACGAGCCAGCAUUGCCGAUGCGGGCAACACUGCCCACCACCUGAUCACGUCAAGCGGAAACCCGGUGGCUCACCACGAUGGAAGUGGUUCCCUCGCACCCAUCCCGAUGCAGGGCGCAGGCCUAGUCGACGCUUUCAAGGUGAUCACGUACAAGACCUCCAUCACCCCCGCGGUCCUCAACCUCAACGACACCGACCACUUCCAAGGAACCCACGAGGUCACCAUUCAUAACAGUGGCAACGAGACCGUCACGUACCACAUUGCUCACCAGGCGGGGUCCACAGUCACCACCAAGCCCGACGGCGAUCCUGUUGUUGCCUUCCCCCCGGUGCCGUACUCGUUCAAGGAAGAGGAGCUCGCCACGGUCACGUUCUCCACGUCAACCCUUGAGGUCGCUGCGGGUGCAACUGGCACAUUCACGGUGACUUUCGUCGAGCCCGCCGGAAUCGAUGCCAGUCUCUUCCCUGUCUACGGCGGCUGGAUCAACAUCAUCGGCUCCAACGAUGAAGCUCUCCGCGUUACAUAUGCCGGUAUCAAAGGCAGCGUCUACGGCAGCAACAUCUGGGCCGACGGCUGGAUCGACCCCGUCGUCCAAACCCCAGACUUCGUCCUCGUCAAGGAGAACGACACCUUCAAGAUGACAAUCGAGGACACCUUCACCAUCGACUUUGAAAUUCUCUGGCCCACGCGCGAGUUCUCCUUUGACCUCGUCGGCCCGACCUGGGAGCCCAGCGACUGGGCCUACCCCUUUGUCCCGGGCCAGAACAAGUACAUCGGCUCCCUGCAGCACUACAACCUCAUCUCGGACGCGUACUUUGACGCCCCCGUGCAGCAGUACCCGCGUCUGCCGUCCAGCGCGUGGUGGCCGAGCGGGAACUACUCCCACGGCGGCACGGUCGAGAGCGGUGAGUACAAGAUCUUGUCGAGGGCGUUGAGGACCUAUGGGGAUUAUCACAAUGUCAGUGAUUGGCAGAUUCGGGUGUCGCCCAAGAUCAUUGUGGACAAGAACAAGGCCUGA